UCCUGUGAAACAUAGACCACCUGCUAUCUGAUAUCCCUUUGGCUCCCUGAUACUCCCUGGCAUGGAUUGUGGAAUCCUCCAGAGUCACUGAAUUUAUUUCAUCCCUGGGAUAGCAUUACUAGUGUCCAAGAGAACAAGGCAUCAUGGUCUGGCACUUUGGAUCUCAUGGGAACUCCCCAAAGCUUUACUCCUAAGCUGAUCCCUGUGAGAGCCUUGGGGACACCUGGAGCAGAAGCCCAUGCUAGUUCAGGCUACAGCACCUCACUAGGGCUUGGAGUCUCUGUCUGCUGUUCAUGGGUCUCUAGGACUUAAUUUCCCUUGCUGUCUUUUGGCGAUGACUAGGAAAAGCAGAGGCUGCUGGUGCCUACAGCGGCUGCCUCUCUUGCUGUUUCUCAGCCCAUGCUUUUUCUGGGUAGCCCCUUCCCUGGGCAAACCCAGAGGCCAGGGUCAUCCCCACAUGAACUCCAUCCGCAUCGACGGGGACAUCACUCUGGGUGGCCUAUUUCCAGUCCACGGAAGGGGCUCCGAGGGUAAAGCCUGUGGGGAGCUUAAGAAGGAGAAGGGCAUCCACCGAUUAGAGGCCAUGCUGUUUGCACUUGACCGGAUCAAUAAUGACCCUGACCUGUUGCCCAACAUCACACUGGGUGCCCGCAUCCUGGACACCUGCUCCCGGGAUACCCAUGCUCUAGAGCAGUCAUUGACUUUCGUGCAGGCGCUGAUCGAAAAGGACGGCACUGAGGUGCGCUGUGUCAAUGGAGGGCCACCCAUCAUCACCAAGCCCGAGCGCGUGGUGGGUGUUAUUGGGGCUUCGGGAAGUUCAGUCUCCAUCAUGGUGGCCAACAUCCUUCGCCUCUUCAAGAUCCCUCAGAUCAGCUACGCAUCCACAGCUCCUGACCUGAGUGACAACAGCCGUUAUGACUUCUUCUCCCGGGUGGUACCCUCGGACACAUACCAGGCUCAGGCCAUGGUGGACAUCGUCCGUGCACUCAAGUGGAACUACGUGUCCACGCUGGCCUCAGAGGGCAGCUAUGGCGAGAGCGGGGUGGAGGCCUUCAUCCAGAAGUCCCGUGAGGAUGGAGGAGUAUGUAUAGCCCAGUCAGUGAAGAUUCCCAGGGAACCGAAGCCUGGGGAAUUUGACAAAAUCAUUCGUCGCCUUCUAGAGACCUCCAACGCCAGGGCAGUCAUUAUCUUUGCCAAUGAGGAUGACAUCAGGCGAGUGUUGGAGGCAGCCAGGAAGGCCAAUCAGACAGGCCACUUCAUCUGGAUGGGCUCAGACAGCUGGGGCUCCAAGAUCUCUCCGGUGCUGCACUUGGAAGAGGUGGCUGAAGGCGCCGUCACCAUACUCCCCAAGAGAAUGUCUGUGCGAGGUUUUGACCGUUACUUCUCCAGUCGGACCCUGGACAACAAUCGGCGAAAUAUCUGGUUUGCUGAGUUCUGGGAGGACAACUUCCACUGUAAACUGAGCCGGCAUGCCCUGAAGAAGGGUAGUCACAUCAAAAAAUGCACUAAUCGAGAGCGCAUUGGGCAGGACUCCUCCUAUGAGCAGGAAGGGAAGGUGCAGUUUGUGAUCGAUGCUGUCUAUGCCAUGGGCCACGCUCUGCACGCUAUGCACCGGGACCUGUGCCCUGGCAGGGUGGGGCUCUGCCCCCGCAUGGACCCUGUGGACGGUGUGGAGCUGUUGAAGUACAUUCGCAAUGUGAAUUUCUCAGGCAUUGCUGGGACCCCAGUCACCUUCAAUGAGAAUGGAGAUGCCCCUGGUCGCUAUGACAUCUAUCAGUAUCAGAUCCGGAAUGCCACCCCUGAAUACAGAGUCAUCGGCUCCUGGACAGAUCACCUGCACCUCAAAAUGGAGCGCAUUCAUUGGCCAGGCGGGGGGCAGCAGCUCCCCAGCUCUAUCUGCAGCCUACCCUGCCAGCCCGGUGAACGUAAGAAGACAGUGAAGGGCAUCCCCUGCUGUUGGCACUGUGAGCCAUGCACAGGCUACCAGUAUCAGCAAGACCGCUACACCUGCAAGACGUGCCCCUAUAACAUGCGGCCCACGGAGAACCGCACAGGAUGUCAGCCCAUUCCCAUCAUCAAGCUGGAGUGGGGCUCCCCCUGGGCCGUGCUUCCUCUCUUCUUGGCUGUGGUGGGCAUCGCGGCCACGCUCUUUGUGGUGGUGACCUUUGUGCGCUACAACGACACGCCCAUCGUCAAAGCCUCGGGGCGUGAGCUGAGCUAUGUGCUGCUGGCUGGCAUCUUCCUUUGCUACGCUACCACUUUCCUCAUGAUUGCCGAGCCAGACCUGGGCACCUGCUCAUUGCGCCGAGUCUUCUUGGGCCUGGGUAUGAGUAUUAGCUAUGCGGCGCUGCUCACCAAGACCAACCGCAUCUACCGUAUCUUCGAGCAGGGCAAGCGGUCAGUGAGUGCUCCUCGAUUCAUCAGCCCGGCCUCACAGCUGGCCAUCACCUUCAGCCUCAUUUCUCUACAGCUGCUGGGCAUCUGUGUCUGGUUCGUGGUGGACCCCUCCCAUUCAGUGGUUGACUUCCAGGACCAGCGGACACUGGACCCUCGAUUUGCCCGGGGGGUCCUCAAAUGUGACAUCUCAGACCUGUCGCUCAUCUGCUUGCUGGGCUAUAGUAUGCUGCUCAUGGUCACCUGCACUGUCUACGCCAUCAAGACCCGUGGUGUGCCUGAAACCUUCAACGAGGCCAAGCCCAUCGGCUUCACCAUGUACACCACAUGCAUUGUCUGGCUUGCCUUUAUCCCCAUCUUCUUUGGGACCUCGCAGUCAGCUGAUAAGCUUUACAUCCAGACAACAACGCUGACGGUCUCAGUGAGCCUGAGCGCCUCCGUGUCUCUGGGGAUGUUGUACAUGCCCAAGGUCUAUAUUAUACUCUUCCACCCCGAGCAGAACGUGCCCAAGCGCAAACGAAGUCUCAAGGCCGUGGUCACUGCUGCCACCAUGUCCAACAAGUUCACACAGAAGGGGAGCUUCCGCCCCAAUGGGGAGGCCAGAUCUGAGCUCUGUGACAACCUCGAGGCCCAAGCUCUGGCAACCAAACAAACCUAUGUUACCUACACCAACCAUGCAAUUUAGCUGGAGCUCCUUGCAGCUACUGGUUUUGAGGAGAAGGAGGAGGAAGAAGAGGAGGAGAGAAUGGAAACUUUGUAGAGUCUCCUGUUCAGACAGGGCUCUGAUCUCUUGUGAUCUCCAGGCACCCCAGGAGUUUCCCUGAUUGCCUUGGGAGCUUGGGGAGGAGGCUUGGUGCUUACAAAGCAAGAACCCCAGUGCCUGGGGGGCAGCAGCAGUGCAGGCCCUAGCCAGGCCAAGGGAGCAGGAGGAGGGGGUCCUGGGGAAGCCCCCGCUUGGCUCCCCUGGGUCCAGGGUCUUUGACCAACUGUCCUUUCCUGCCCAAACCAUAGGAGGUUCUAUUCUGUUGUGUCAAAUCUAUUGGCUUCUCUUGUUCCCCUUCUGUUUCUCUCUCUCUCUCUCUCUCUCUUUCCCUCUGUCCCUCUCUCUCCUUCCUUCUC